AUGGCUGGUGUUAAUCCCAAAGGUACCCUCUCGCCCCAACAUCUAUAUAAAAAGAAGCAUCUGCUAAUGAAUAUUUUGCUUGGGCUAUAGCUUUCCCCCUCGCUGAUGAGGCCCUCACCCAGCAGAUCCUCGAUCUCGUCCAGCAAGCAUCUCACUACCGCCAAUUGAAAAAGGGUGCGAAUGAAGGUCCGUCUCCUCAAUACCUCUCUUGCCCCGCAGGUCCUCCGGCUAACCGUUGUCUACAGCGACCAAAACCCUCAACCGAGGUAUCUCUGAAUUCAUCGUACUCGCAGCUGACACCGCUCCUUUGGAGAUUCUCCUCCAUCUUCCUCUCCUCUGCGAGGACAAGAACGUCCCCUACGUCUUUGUUCCUUCCAAGAUUGCACUUGGACGUGCUUGCGGUGUUUCCAGGUCUGUGAUCUCAGCUAGUGUUACUUCAAACGAGGCUUCGGAAUUGCAAGGCCAGAUUAGAGCCGUCAAGGAAAAAAUUGAGAGGUUGCUCAUCUAAGCUCUCCAGCCGGACACAGUUCACGUAGUAUGAAUAGAUAGACAGGCUUUCACAUAUAUCACGAAAAAUUAACUUUUACUGUUU